CCUUGAGCGGGAAAGCGGCUCUGAGUGCUGCUGCGCUAGUGAGGAGAGAGGCGGCUUCCAGCCCAGCCAUGGCCGCGGCUCAGCCUCCGCCCGGGCCUGACGCGGCCAUGACGGUGAGCGGCUCGGUGCAGAAGUACGUGGCGAAGAAGAAGAAGGUGCUGAGCCCGGAGGAAGCCGAGCUGUACGAGCUGACGCAGGCGGCCGGCAUCCUCAUGGACCAGGAGGUGUUCAAGAUAAUUGUGGAUUUAUUAAAGAUGAAUGUGGCUCCAUUAGCCGUGUUCCAGAUGCUGAAGUCCAUGUGUGUCGGCCACAGGCUUACAGAUCCGGCUUCUGCCGAGGCAACUUCCACGACUGCACUGACUGCACAUUCCGAUACAAGAGAGCUUCCAUUUCUCACAGUCAAGAACAGUAAAAUUCCAGCUCCGCUCUCCUUUUCCUCUCCUUAUCUUCGGGCGCCGAGAAUUAAAGGCACUAAGAUUGUGGUCUACAGCCCUGUCGAUGCCUGUUCGCCUCUCUCUCAAGGUCCCCCCGGUUCCUUCCAGCUUUCUUGCUGCCUGUUCGCACCAUUCGCAGGAAGAAAUAAAUUGAACCCUCCAGCAAGCUCAAGUCAAGGCCUACCUGAGCGGACCGGUCGUGAAGGGUCAAGUCAGCGAGUGCCCCGCCAGUCUAGUGCUAGCCGUAUGCAGAAGAGCAGCAGCUCGGGGAAAAGCAGUGGAGGAAGCAGCACAUAGUGAAUACGGCCCAGUUGUCGGGCUGAUUGUUGGAAACGAAAGCGGCAACAAACGCUCAAUCCCGAUAAUCGGCCCCUGUUAAUGUGCUGCUGAUCUUUUGUGCAGCGCAUCAUUGUUUCUGGGUAUCAGAUUGUCCUGUGUGAACAACGAUCUGCUGCCCAGAAAUAAUUUUGUUUGAGGAAGAGCGAUUGCAGUAGCAAUUACUAACCCCAUACAGUGGAGGUGAUCACUGCAUGUACAUGCAGCGCUUCACCUCCACUGAGGAGCAGAGAGGUAUUGGGAAGGACCGGCCUCUUCCCGAUAAUUGCCUGCCAGGUCAGGCAGUGUAGAUCCAGCAUUAGUCACUUGUGAAUAGAAGAUACCUUUUCAUUUACAACCUCCUGAUAAGUAGGAGUGGUCCUAUAGGACGAUCCUUCCCAAACUGAUAUUCAAGGUAUCUUAUUGGUGAUUUUGUAAUUCCACUAGAUUGAUGAUCAGUAGCAAAAACGCUCAGGUAUUGAUCAGGCUUUCUAAUGCAGCUUUGACGUUAAAACCUGGCACAGAUUGUAAAGGGAGAGACGGCAAAAAGCACUGAUUCUGCUUCUUAUUCCAAGCCUAGUUUAGCUUCAAAACUGCAUCAGAAAACUUGAUCAAAACCUGAGUGUGUACAGGCAGCCUUAUGGUCCUUUUACAUGGACCAACGUUUCAGGCUAUUAUUGGGAUGAACCAAACUUUCAGAUAAAUAUCAGCGGAGAGGAGGGCAGCAAUCGCCUCCAUUGUAGGGGGGACAAGCAAUCACUUUUCUGCAUUAUUUCUGCGCAGCAGGGGAGUCUUCUGCACAUAAACAAUUGCUGGCCGAAAGUCGCGAUCUUCUGAUGAACGAGCAUUUGCCUGUAUAUUGGGUUAUCGUCAGCACCUUUUUACACAGUCCAAUUAUCAGGAGUGAGUGUUUGUACAAACUCAUCCCCAAUGAUUGGCCUGAUUAUCACUCCGUGUAAGGGAUGAGAUAUUGGCUGCAUGAUCUGAGUAAUGGCAAGUGUUACUGAUAGUUUCUUGUACCUCAGGUUUUCCUGGAUGUCUUGUUACGUACUGUUCCUGUGCCUUCCCGUUGUGUUAUAGGGGUUCUAUCUCUUUCAUUGUCCAUAGUAAAUUCACCUAAUAAGCUGGUCGCUGCUAGUUCAGAUGUUUAAACCUCUGGAAAUCAGCUGUCAUUAGGAGAUGAGACUGGGGUCUUACACUCCACCUAUUCAAAUAAAUAGGCAGCCAUGUAGUAUUUGGUUGCAGCAAGACCACCCGUGCGGCAGCCAGACUUUGCCCUUUAAGAUCUGCUUGCUUGACGUGCUUACAGCCGUAUUAUAACGCUCUACAAGUUCUCAGUUAGACAGAGCCAGAAUACAGCACCCAUGCAAGUAUAAGGGCCCUUACAUUACCUCCAUAUGCCUCGGAACUGGGGCAUAUGAAUGACAGAAAACGAGACUGUGGCACUCUCCACCUUUUUUCUCCUGAAACAUUGCUGUGCGCCUGUGACAACUUUGGCUUCAUUUCAGCCACACUUUGUACCACUGUCACCACGUGUGUGUGCCAUCCACUUUACUAGGUUUUCAAACUUUCCUUCUCCUGAAAUAUUAUAAUGCCCUCAGUAUAAUUCAGUAGAUACAGGUCUGGCAGGGACACAAAGCAUUAUAACUAGAACGCCUUGAGAUCCUAGCAGAGGUCAGAACGGGAAAUUGUGCUUACACACACAGAGUUCCUAGCAUUGAACUGGCUCGUCUGGCCAUAGGGAGGACUAAUGUGCGCUUUUUUUUUUUUUACAACUUUAAAUCUGGCACACACCUAAGGCCUCACGAACGUAUAUUGUGUCCAUUCCAUUUUGAUUUUAUUUUUUUGCGGAUAGGAUGUGUACCCAUUCAUUUCAAUGGGUCUGCGAACGUGUGCUGUUUAAAACGCAUCAGUAUGUCCAUUCCGUAGCCCCUCAAAAAAGA